CAGCAUGAAUAGUCAUGAUCUAAAGUCAGCCGAGACGUAUGGUAGGUUUAGCAAAAGCUAUUUGACACAACUUCGAAAGAGGGGCAUGAUCGAACUCGGAUUCGACGAGGAUGACAUCGUUCUCGACGUCGGCUGUGGAAGUGGAGAAGCUAGCAAAGAAAUAUCAGCCAUGGUUAAGAGCGUAACAGCAUUUGAUGCAUCUCCUGUCAUGGUCGAGACCGCGAAGACACUGAAUGCAGCCGACAACAUCGACUACCACGUUGCCGACGCCCACUCCUUCGACGACCACCUCGACGAAUGGAACCACACCUCAUUCGACAAGAUCGUUUCCUUAUUUGUUUUCAACUGGUGUCACGACCCUCGGAGGGUUCUUCGGAAUGUCAAGAGUUGUCUGAAACCCGGUGGACGAGCUUUGCUCGUGUUCGUUCUACAGACGCGGAUUCUGAGCUUGAAGUGCUCGUACGGGGAGACGGCAGACUCGUGGAUUCGGUGCCAUAAGAAAUGGGGACCAUACAUGAAGGUAGACUACGUUCAUUUCCAAAAGGACUGGGAAAAUGGGGAGGAUUUUUUGGAGGUUGUGAGAUCCGUAGGGUUUGAUGUCUGCAAAUCGGCAAUCGAAGAAGUGUGUGUACCAAACCAAAGUGCGGCAGAAGCUAAAGCUGGUCUACGCACACUCUUGGGACAUCUCAGUGCUAUUCCAAACGAUCUACGGGACGAAUGCGUGGAUGACGUCCAUCGAUGGCUGUGUGACGUCACACCGAAACAUGAAACCGGUUACAUGAUGGGGCAGGGCAGUUGCAUCACUGCAAUUAUAAGCAACGACCAAAUGACAUGAGAGAUGUUUGUUUAAUUGUUUGUUUUUUUAAAUCCCGAAAUCAUAAAAACACAAAAUAACAUAAACAAUAAUGAUAAUGCUACACGGUUGGAUAGCCCAUUUUGGAGUUUUUAGCAUAACAGCUCUGUUCUCACACUGGGCCAAAUAUAAUGACAAUUAUAAUAAUAAAUGCUAUAACAUAACAGAGUAAUUCAAUAAAACACUAUAUCAGACUGAACAUGAGUUUAUUUAUUCUACGGUGAAAUAAAAAUAUCGAUCCCCUCCAAGAACUAUUCUGAAAGUAACCCCACCCUUAAUAUUGGGUAAAAGUGCUCCAUGGGGUAAUUAUUGGGCAUUUCUUUGGGGCAUUUUUAUUUAUCCAGUGCGAUGAAAAUUUUGCCCAUUCUAAAGUAAUUGCUGCUUAUUUUUUUUUACCUUACUGGUCAGGACAAUUGUGUCUCCCGCUUUGGGUAAAAUACUGACCCAAAUUGAUUGGAUACAUAAUUACCCUCGUGAUGGUAAAAAAAUUUACCCAACAUUUUUUUUACAGUGUAUAACCCACCCAUCUAACAGGUGAUUUUCAUCGUUUUACAUAAAUACUCAAUUAAGUCGACGUCUGUUAUUGCGAUGAAAAAUGUUUACGGCUACUGGACUUGCAUGUAAUUAUCCAGCUCACAUUUGUCGCAUUUUUUGUGCAGUGGUAUAUGAAUUUUACAACUUUUGAUUUUGAGGGAACCAUACAUGCACUCCAUCUGUUAUUGAUUUAUUAAUUACAUAUUAUUAUUUAACAGAUUUCCGUUGGAUAAGCUUUUAAUACAUAAGAAUUGAUUCCAUCCAAUCCGACUCUUUUAUUAUUCUUUAAGACUGUAAACUUCUUUCAAAACAUCUGUUUCUGAAACUGAAGAUAGCUUAAAUUUAUUUCAUGACAAAUGUGGGUAUAACAGCUUUCCCCAUAACAUAUUUCAUAACCUUAUAUACGCUUGUGAGCAUCAUUAUCUGCAUGUAAAACAUUGGGAACAUUGGCUGAAUGGUUAUUAAAAUCAUUUUUAUAAAGGUCAUUUUAUUUGGAAUGGAUUGCCAAUAAUAAUAAGAUAGAGUCCGGCGCUGGAUAUUUAGUAAAUGAAAACAAAUUAAAUGAAAUGUUAUCUAUUACGUACCCCGCCCCCCCCUCCCCCGUCUUUGAAAUAACAUUUUGAAUUUUUAACCAAAUAUAGAUCUAUGCGUGUGUGUAUGCGGGUGUGUGCGUGUGUGUGAGGGUGUGUGCGUGUGUGUGUGUGUGUGUGUAUGGACGUUGAUGUAUGUGUGUAUUUUUUUUACAUGUAGGUUGAAUUAGUUUUACCUAAUAAUUUUAAAUCAAUUUUAGUGUAAAUACAAUGAAGUUCGGUUUUCUAUAUAAGGCUCAGUCUUUUCUUUCAUUGUAUAUUGAUGUUACUUGUUUCAAUUUAAUUAUUUAUCCCAUGUCUAUAUCUGCUUUGUUUGUGUGUAUAUAAUUUAUGUAAAUAUUGAAUAAAAUGAAUAUUGAAUUAAAAAUUGAACUAAACAUGAUUUACAAGUUUACAUUAUGAGACAAAUUCGAUAUAGAUGAUUGAGAAGUUUUGUUUGGUAGGAGAGGUUAUUAAAGAGUUGGCAAAGUAGUUUCAGGCAGCUUUUCGCCAAAGCAUUUUCUUUCAAGA